ACCACAUCUCCAGACUCAACACGAAAGAGAGAGAGAGAGCACACAGGGGGAAGGAGAGAAGGGAAGUGCAACAGGCCUGUUUCACUAAAUCAAUCCAAAAGUUUAGUUCACAGAUCAAGCGAGAGAAGGAAACCAUAUUUGCUGAGAGUUGCUGAAUCCUCUGGAUAUUGGACGGUGGAGAGGUAUGGCAGCAUGGGACCUUGCAGUCGUAGUGGAGGAACUGGGCGAUGACAAGCCCAUCUCAAUAAGCGUGACAUCUGAACUACAUAUAGGUGGUGUCAUCCUCAAACUGGUGGAGAAAACAGAGAUGAAGCGUGACUGGUCGGACUAUGCACUGUGGUGGGAUCAGAAGCAGCAGUGGCUGCUACGUACAUCUUGGACCCUGGAGAAGUGUGGCGUGCACGCCGACGCGCGCCUGGUCUUCAUGCCCCAGCACAAGCCCCUUCUCUUGGGCCUGCCGAACGGGACGACGCUAAAGCUCCGAGCCUCCUUCUCCGGGCCUGUCUUCCGCACCGUGUUAGGAAUCUGUAGGAUGCUGAACAUCCGUCGGCCUGAGGAGCUGUCCCUCCUGCGUCCGGCGGAGGAAAAGAAGAAGAAGAAAGACAAAGACUCAACCGAGGAAGUGUACGACCUCACAGAAAUCCCUCUCACCUCAGUGUCACGCCCCUGCUUGUACAAUGGAAUGCCCGCCCAUUUCGCAGACUCUCCUAAAACAGAGGCGGUCUACAAAAUGCUGUCGACUGCCCAGGCCCCUCCUGCCCCCGAAGCCAUUGCCAAGCUAUACCGACCUGCCAGUGUAGUGGAUAAGGCCCAUAUUCACAGCAGGUGGUUAGACUCCUCUCGUUCCCUCAUGCAGCAGGGAAUCCAAGAGAACGACAAACUUUGGCUACGCUUCAAAUACUAUAACUUCCAUGACCUGGAGCCCAAGUAUGACGUGGUGCGUUUGACGCAGCUCUAUGAGCAGGCUCGCUGGGCAAUCCUGCUGGAGGACAUAGACUGCACCGAGGAGGAGAUGAUGCUAUUUGGAGCACUGCAGUACCACAUCAACAAGCUGUCUCUGUCGGAACCCCAAGGGCAAACGUCUAGCCCGGCCAUGGAUGACCUGGACUCAGCUCUGCAGUGUCUGGAGGUCAAGAUGGAUGGAGACAGCAGUGCCAAUGACAUGCUGGAUGACAUGACUGCACCAGAGCUGAACGAAUAUUUGAAGAUAUUCCGGCCGAAGAGGCUGACGCUGAAGGGAUACAAGCAGUACUGGUUCAAGUUUAGGAAUUGCUCAAUCUCCUACUACAAGAGCAAGGAGGAGAGCUUUGGAGAACCUAUUCAACAGAUUAACCUAAAAGGCUGUGAGGUGGCCCCUGAUGUGAACGUGGCUGGCCAGAAGUUCUGCAUCAGACUCCUCAUUCCAGCCCCAGAGGGUAUGAAUGAGGUAUACCUACGCUGUGAUAAUGAAGAGCAGUAUUCCAAGUGGAUGGCGGCCUGCCGUCUGGCCUCCAAAGGGACGAGUCUGGCAGACAGCUCCUACCAGAGCGAGAUGCAGAGCAUCCGCACCUUCCUGGCCAUGCAACAGACCAACCCCAAUGGCAACAAUACGCAAGCUGACGAGAGCAUCAACACACACAGCCUGGUGUCUCCACGCUACCACAAGAAGUACAAGGUCAAACAGUUGACCCCACGUAUCUUGGAGGCCUAUCAGAACGUAGCCCAGCUCUCGCUGACCGACGGCAUCACUCGCUUCCUGCAGAUCUGGCAGUCCCUGCCUGACUUUGGUAUCUCCUUCUUUGUUGUCAGGUUCAAGGGCAGUCGUAAGGAUGAGGUCCUGGGCAUCACCCCAAACCGCCUGAUCCGUAUUGACCUGGGGGUAGGGGAUGUGGUGAAGACCUGGCGCUACAACAACAUGAGACAGUGGAACGUCAACUGGGACAUCCGACAGGUGGCCAUUGAGUUUGAUGAGAACGUCAACAUAGCUUUUAGCUGUGUGACGGCCGACUGCAAGAUUGUCCAUGAGUUCAUCGGCGGCUACAUCUUCAUGUCGACGCGCAGUCGUGAACAGAGUGACACGCUCAACGAGGAGCUCUUCCACAAGCUCACUGGGGGCCACGAGGCCCUGUGAUCCCCCCCACCUUCACAGAGGGCAGUGAAGAGUGUCAGUAUGUUAAGAGAUGAUGGACAAGAAACUCUGUGAAUUGCCAAUACAAAUAAAUAUGGUACAAAAUAAAUAACUUAAAGGCACAUUGUUUAAUUGACCAAAGU